GAAGGGACAUAAACAAAACAAACCCCAAAGCCGCAUGGAGGGUCCGGGCCGGAGCGCGCGGGGCGGCGCCCCCUGCUGAGCCCCGACCGCUCGAAAACUACAAAUAGAAGAGCUCCAUAAAAGUGAAUCAAAGUUACCACAAGGAAAAAUUUCAUUACAUGGAUUGUGUAAACUCACUGAGACUGAGGUAAAGCUGGAAAGAAAACUACAAGUGAAUAAAACAAGAAGUUUGGAAUUGGAUUUGGGGAAUCUGGGCUUGGAAAUGCCUCAGCCCAGUGUGAGUGGAAUGGACCCUCCUUUUGGAGAUGCCUUUCGGAGCCAUGUGUUUUCAGAACAGACUCUGAUGAGCACAGAUCUCUUGGCAAGCAGUUCAGAUCCAGACUUCAUGUAUGAACUGGACAGAGAAAUGGAUUACCAGCAAAGCUCCAGGGACAACUUACUUUCAAUGGAGGACUGCAAAGACCUUGAGAACUUAGAGUCUUUUACAGACAUCCUGGACAAAGAAGCUGCUUUCACCUCAAAGUGGGAGCAGUGGGACACGUACUGUGAAGACUUAACUAAAUACACUAAACUAACCAGCUGUGACAUUUGGGGAACAAAAGAGGUGGAUUAUUUGGGCCUUGAUGACUUUUCAAGCCCAUACCAAGAUGAAGAGGUGAUAAGCAAAACACCGACUCUGGCUCAGCUUAACAGUGAGGACUCCCAACCUGUUUCAGAUUCACUCUAUUAUCCUGAUUCACUCUUUAGUGUAAAACAAAACCCUUUAAAUUCUCUGUUACCUGGAAAAAAAAUUGCUAGUAGAGCAGCGGCCCCAGUCUGUUCCUCCAAGAAUGUUCAGGCUGAGGCUCCUUUGUCGGACUAUGUUCAGAAGGCUAGCAAACCCGCGACACAGCCUGCUUCCAGUACACAAAUCAUGGUGAAGACCGGUGUGUACAAUAAUGAGAAGGUGAACAUUCAUGUUGAAUGUAAAGACUAUGUUAAAAAGGCAAAAGUAAAAAUCAAUCCUGUACCACAGAGCAGACCAGUGCUGAGCCAGACACAUGCAGACGCAGCAAAGGAAAAUACCUGUUACUGUGGUGCUGUAGCAAAGAGACAAGAAAUAAAAGAGUCCUCGCACAGUCACUGUACGCCUCCUAUUUUGCCUUUUAAAGAGACUCAAGAACUGCUCCUCAGAGCACCCCAGGAAACUCCAGGACUUGUUGUGGGGGAGAGCAGCCUUUCUGCCAGCACAUCGGUGUCAGAUUCAUCACAGAAAAAAGAAGAGCACAACUAUUCUCUUUUUGUAACAGACAGUGUGGGUGAGCAGUCGGCCAAAGGAGACCCUGAAGAAGACGAGGAGGAUGAGGAAGAUAUUGAAGAUGAGGAUCAUGAUGAAGGAUUUGGCAGUGAGCAUGAGCUGUCUGAAAACGAUGAUGAGGAAGAAGAUUAUGAGGAUGAUAAAGAUGAUGACAUCAGCGAUACUUUCUCAGAACCAGGGUAUGAAAAUGAUUCUGUGGAGGACUUAAAAGAAAUGAGUGCAAUAACCUCUCGAAAAAGAGGCAAGCGAAGAUACUUCUGGGAGUACAGCGAGCAGCUGACGCCAUCCCAGCAGGAAAGGAUGCUGCGGCCAUCGGAGUGGGACCGAGAUACAUUACCAAGUAACAUGUACCAGAAGAACGGUCUGCACCAUGACACAGGUAAAUACGCAGCAAAGAAGUCACGGAGGACUGAUGUAGAAGACCUGACUCCCAACCCCAAAAAACUUCUACAGAUUGGUAAUGAGCUGCGGAAGCUGAAUAAGGUGAUCAGUGACCUGACGCCAGUCAGCGAACUUCCCUUAACUGCCAGACCAAGGUCAAGAAAAGAAAAGAACAAGCUGGCUUCCAGGGCUUGUAGACUAAAGAAGAAAGCCCAGUAUGAAGCCAAUAAAGUAAAACUCUGGGGUCUCAACACAGAAUAUGAUAAUUUGCUGUUUGUGAUCAACUCCAUUAAACAAGAAAUUGUUAAUCGAGUGCAGAUGCCUAAAGAUGAUAGAGGAGUCCACAUGGAACAAAGGUUGAACAUACUUAUUAAAGAUACUCUUGGACUUCCUGUGGCUGGACAGACAUCAGAAUUUGUGAAUCAAGUGUUGGAGAAGACUGCAGAAGGAGACCCCACAGGUGGCCUUGUAGGAUUACGAAUACCAAUGUCAAAAGUUUAAGACAUGACUUCACCUGUUCUCAUUGCUCACAUUCUUCCUGUGUCGUCAAGUACUUCACUGUAAAUUGCAUUCUGGUCUGCAUGUCAGUUUAGCAUUAUGUAAACACUUACAAUUAGGUUCCAUUAUUUUUAAACAACAGUGUAGAAAACAAAAAUCAAAGCAUGGAAUAAAAUGCCUAGUAGCAUUUUUGGAGCAUAAAUUAGGUAGUUCUAAAGCUGCUUUGAGAUUGCAUUCAGAGAGGAGGGUUCUUUUUAAAAUUACGUUCUAGGACCAGACUUACCACUUUUGUUUUAGAAGCAAAACCAUAUUUUUGCUAGUAAAAUUUUUUUAGCCUAUGCCAGACGUAGUGGCAGGUUUAUGCUCCUAGCAAAACAAGAGGAAGCAUUUUUUUUAUAAAGGUGACAAUUCAGUUCUUUUGUUGUUGUUGUUUUUGUAUUUGUUCUCGUUUGCUGUUUUGAAAUAAUUGGAUUUCCUUUGUUCUUAAAAACAGUAAGCUUUCUUUGCAACCAUUAACUUGUACAUAGCACACGUGGCUUCAGAGCUGGUGUGCCAUGUAAACUUUAAUUUUUCUGAGCUUAAUAUAGUAUUUAAAUGUCUGUGCAAGCAGGAGAAAAAAAAAAGUAUAUUCUUUGUGCCUUGUAUUUUGAGGGGAGAGCUAUCAGUGUAAGCUGGUAAAGUUUUGUAUGAAGAAAACCCUGAGGGGAAAAAAACCAAGAUGUACAGAUGGUGAGAUUAUAGGUUUUAAUGUAUUUGUUCCAGCUCUUAAAAUUUUUGAAUGUAUAUAGGAAUAUGUUGAAAAUGUAGAUAUAUGCCACAGAGUCUAUGUAUUGUAUAAAAGAUGGCUCUAGAAAACUCAAUUUCGGUACUUUGGCCGGAAGAAAACCUAUACUUGCACAUUAAUGCGAUUGUUUAUUUUUGUACCAAAGACAAAUGCAACUGAUAUGGCGAACUGCCAGUCUAAGUAAAGUUUUGCACAGCUUAUAUGAUACUGUACUGAAUGUAAAAACAAAAGAAAAAAAAAAAAAAAAAGAAAAAAAAAACUACAAGGUCAGGGUUAGGGAUCUUACUGAACUGUGAAUUUUUUCGUUUGGGUCCAAUUAUCUACAGAAGGAGCAUCCAUACAUAACGAUCUUAUUUUGCUGUUCUCGUAGUUCGCUUCCAUGGUAGAUAAGUUGGUGGCCGUCUCGGAGUCUUUAAAUCUUUUUUCUCUGCACUUACUGUAGGAGAUUUUAAUAUAUUUGGAUUUUAGUAAGCUAUUGGUAAAAUAGUUUUCAACUUUGAGAAUUUAAAGAAAUAUUUAGCUUGUUGUAGUAUACUUCCAACAAACAACCAAAAUAAAAUUAUUUUUAUUGUAAUGUGUAUAUAUGUAAAGAGAUAAAAGAGCUACAGAUACCUAAUUCCUUAGUUGCCACUUUUCCAGUUGAUGUAUUAUUAUGCAUGUGAUGUUUCCAAGGAUCAACACAGGCUUCAAACAAAACAAGACAAAAAAAAAAAAAAAAAAAAAGUUUAUAGACUUUUAUAUUUUUGUACAGGUAUUUCAAAACUAGCUUCUUCAAACUUAUAUGUGACUUAUUCUUGUUAAUUCCGUAGUUUCUAUGAUUGGGAAAUAUUAACACAGUUCUUAUUUGCUCUUGUGCUAAUAAGAGUUGGCUUUGUAGUCAGUGUUAACGUACAGAUAAAAAGCUUUAGCCCUUGAUGAAAGUCCUUUAUCUCAAGGCAAGAUCAUUCUCUGGUUUCAUGGACCCCCUUUUCCUCCCCGUUCUUUCUCUCCCUAUUUAAAAUGACAGAACACUGUUUACUGAAAAUAGAAAUACCAAAUAUUUUCAAAUGUAGCUGCUGAAAAAAAUGCAAAGUCCAUGAAGGCUUUCUCCCCACUCCCUUUGGGGAAUCUCUCCACUUCGUAUCUACUUUGUCUGUGUUUGUACUGUGAUUCCUUUUUGUUUAUAUGUAGGUUAUUUUUAUAUCCAAGCUUGUAAGCUUGUACUAUAAAAAAGUCUGUAAUAGUGCAGUGAGAGUUGCAGAUGAAGGUGGCGCUCCUGCCACAUGCUGGUGAGUGUGCACACAGCUUACUUUGUAUCUAAAUAUUUUGGAAGACUCAGAAGGGAGGAGGAGGCCAAAAUACCACUACUGAGCUGUACAGAAAGUUUUUCCUUCACGAGACUGAACAAACACCCAGAGCAAUUUAGGCAAAACUUUGUAAAUCCACUUAAGAUUUGCAAAAUCAGCGUGGACUUUGGGUGUUCUUCUUGCUCUCGCGGUGAGGUGAGAGUCGGCUGCUGCUUUACACAGUGGGUGAGAUGUAUUCCUAUCGUAAGCAUUGCCAAUGUUACACUUAUUCCAGAGAUGCAUACUGCCCAUAAAACCCCGACAAAGAAUGUUUCUAAUGAAGAUAAGGCCACGUGUGUGCAAAGAUCCGAACAGAGUCGUUCCCUUGUGACGCGCUGCUGCGGCAGCAGAGCUCCUUCUGCUCUAUCAGAACCACGUCGGCGAGGCGGCGUUUCUGAACGUUACGAGCAGUUUUGCAAUCAGGUAAAAACUUUUGUGACAAAUUGAACUGACAAGGUAUCAGAAAGCCCCUGCUGCUCAGAAGUGCUGGGCAAAUAGAACUUUAUAGCUCUUUAUUUUUAUCUGCAAACCAGAAUAUGAUUUUGGUCUAGCAUUUCAAAGUAGACUUUGAAUCUUUAGUGAAUUCCAUACCCUUGCAUUUCAGUGUUUUCUAUGUAUUAUUUUAAGUUAAAGCUUUUGAAUAGUUGAGCUUUUUAAUGUUGACACUUUAUUUUGUACCUAUUUAUAUGUAUGUAUAUCUUAGAAAAGCACUUUGUUUAAAAAGGAAAAAAAAAAAAAAAAAGAAACUGCGUUUUAUAUGAUUCCUGCCACUUGCUGCUAACUCUGGGCUGGUCAGAAUGCUGCAGCGAUACUUGAUAUAAAUAAAACCUGGCAGUAAAAUGUAGAGUACAGAUAAGACCUUUUGCUGGUUUAACUUUAUCAUAAAGGUGACAUAGGCAAGCUGUGCAGCUUUACAUUUUAACCAGGGGACUCUGUGGCAUUUAAACCGUCUAGAAAUGGUUGUACUUUAAUGCCAGUAACAAUCUGCUUCCUCUAGUGUCAUUACAAUAUAUACAUUUAGUGUAUACUUAUCACAGACAAAAUCUUUUAAGGGUAUAGAAACCAACAACGUACAUGUUCUGUUUUUUGGCAAUUGUGGCAUGCGUUUUUGGGUGAUCUUUAGAGAAGACCAUUUUCUAAAGAUUUUCAGUGUUCAUACAUGGUAUGUGGAUCUUAAUGAAGUCCUGGAUUAUUUUUUGUUUGUUUGUUUUUGAGUGUAGGCAUUGUGAAUAUUCACUUUUAAUCCUAUAUCCAAAAACAAUUAUACAUCUUUGAUUUAACACAAACAGAAGUUCUUCCUUUUUCUGAUACACUGGAUUCUCUAGGAUUUGUUUCCAUAUUAAAAGCAUGCUGUUAAAACUGCUCUUGUUAAAAUCUCGUCAGUCUGAACUUAGGUGCCACACUUUCUGACUCGAUGGACUGCUUGUUCUACUGUACCAUGUAUGAUUCUUGUCCUUUCCUACUUUCUUCAUGAGAGAUUAUGAUGUGGCUUUAUAUUGUGCCUUACUUGUACAUCUAGAACUAAAUGUUCUUCAUUACCCUUGAACUCUUCAAGCCUAACCCCUCCAAAAGCAAAUCUGAACUGGUAAAAGCAUCCUGAAGAGAGUUUGGAUAGAUCUAUUUUUGUUUCUCUCAAUAGCAGUUGUUUUCUAUUUAUAUGGAUGACCAGUUUUUGAAUGGCCUUGCAGAAUGUGGGGGUGCUCUCAAAGGGCAUUUUUGAGCCCUAAACCCCUUUUUGCUAACACUUCUUUUAUGGUUUGUUGAACACACUUACUGAUAUUUGGUGAGUUCUUUUCUUGGAUGAGAGAGACUUAUUAAUAAAACUAUUAGGUGUGGGUGGGCUGGAUUUUCUUACCAUGCCAGCUGAAGCGCCAUUUCAUGAAGCUUGCAUUGCUGCAGAGUUGAUGUGAGAGUUGGGCUCAGCUGUGUUCGGUCCCUGAUCCUUUCUACACAGCAGACCCUUUGCCUCUGUUAAAUGAAGCUGGGAAAAAAGUUGAAACCAGAAAAAUCUAAAAUCUGAAGGGAUGAAGGGUCUGUUAGCUGACCUAAAAACAACCAGACACCUGGUGUCGUUUUUCCUUCUAUCCCGCAAGGUUCCCCCCCCCCCCCCCCCCGCCCAACAUUUAUCCAGUAUUUGCCUUCGUUAAUAAAACAGCUUAUUCAUAAAAUACAAAGAAUGGAUGUGCUUUUUUUUUUUUUUUUUCAUAAAUGGUUUAAAUAUAGCUAUUUUUUAAAGCAAGAGGCUUUAUCAGGAAAAUUUUAAAGGGUUGUAUAUAAGUUGCCUUUAACAGAAGUAGCAAAUGCAGUUCUGUUCCUCUAACUUGCUUGCUAGUCUUCCUGAAGUUCUGUUGAGGCGUAACCAGAGGUGUACCAUGAAUGUUAGGGUCUGCAUUGGGCCUUGAGACCUGAAUUUCAAGAAUGCAUCUAAUCACUGUUUUGAAGUUGGAGGCUCCAGUUGGAAUUAACUAGUUAAGUGUGCUGCUAGAUGUGGUCUUGGCUUAUUGACACAGCCAUGCCCUGAGCUGAAAUCUGUUUUGUUUACCCCAGGGAUUGUGUGAAGUACAUUUCAGUUACUGCUUCGGUGACUGAUUCUUUUUGUAACUGUAUUAAGGGCAUUAGUAUGUUGAGAAAACACCACUCUUGAAUAUCUCCCAAUACAAAUUGGGAUUCUUAAAUGUCAUUAAUGAAAGAUGGCACUUUUAGGCUUUAUCUUCUUUGCAAUAUACAAAAGUAUCUUUGUCUGAUUUACAUUUCACAACAUGCCAUGUUUUUCCCCUGUGCUUCUCGCAUGUAGAAAAGGCGUGUGUGCACUGCAUUGCAGCCCUCAGACAUCCGUGAACUUCCACAAGAGUAAAUGCUGGCAGUGCAUCUCUUGGCUUUCUAAUGAGCAGUGGAGCUAAAAGUGGAACCAGAGGUACCUUAAGCCACGGUGUUUUUUCAUAAAAUGAAAGGCUUUUUGGAUAACACCAGUGUUCCAAGGUUUUCCUGCGAGUAGUUGCUAGUUACGUGUUUGGGUCAGAUUUGGGUGUUAUCCAUCUUCAGAAGAGAAAUUUCUGUGUUGGAUUCAGUACUGACAAAAGCACAAUCCACCCGAGGAAAACCUUUCGAUUAAGAAGCGACCCCGGGAGUAGCAUUUAAUUGUUGUACUGAUCUUUGGCACGGUAUGGUCUCGUUUGAGUCAGCUGUCCCUCAGCACGUCUGUAAAACCUCACUGCUCAGUGUCUGUGCUCGGGUGAAGCCGAGGGCUGAUGGCACAUGGGGGGAAAAAGCGUUUCCAGCAGAACAUGGCAUCCUCCAUCACUGGCUUCCAAUGGGAGCACAGAGAAACUCCCAUGAAGAUCUCGUCUCUGUUAGCAAAUAAAUUCUCCUGUUAAAAGCAUGAUCUGUUCAGAGUUGCAAUGUUCGAUGUCGGUUAAUAGCUGUGCAGUUUUUAUUAUCUUUUUUUUUUUUCGAAGAGGCACAAUCCCACGAUUGACUUUGUUUACUGUCCCCCUCGAUCCCUCGCACUUCUAUUUGGACGCAAAUUUCAUCAAUGUACGCAACAUCCUUUGUAAUUUAAAAUAAAAAUUGUGGAGGAAACACUGUCUCAAA